AUGGCCGAGACUUUACUAACGUUUCAGUCCCAACUUUCUGGUGUGAUGGAAACCGUUUUCAAAGCUGCCAUUUUUGAGAUCACCCGGCUGGUGGAGGACAGCUUCGUGGAGGAGGUGAUACGGUGCAGGGAGCAGGUUGAGUCCCUGGAGAGGCGGCUGAAGGCGGCGGAGAGCCGCCGGAAAGAAACGCCUGAAGCGGGGAAGGAGAGGUGUGCUGACUGCGGCAGAGUCUGUCCGUCCGGAGACAAAGACACGAGGACAGAAAAAAGCCUGAAACAGGAGAGAGUGCUGCCAGAAGAGGCUCAGAGUUCCCAGGACGCUGCUGGAGAGACACUAAGAGAGGAGACUGAAGAGGCAAAUCCAAACACCAACAGCUCUACCAAAACAGCGCAGGUUUUUGGUGAAUAUGAGGAUAAAACAGUUAGACUUCUCAAAGAGGAACCUGUUCAGAGUGUGGCAGAAGUCGGUGAUCCGCAGAGGUGGAACAUCGGCGCAGACGAAACAGAUGCAUCUGAUCUCCAUGGACCCAGUAAACAUUUCAGUGAUCAGAACACAAAGUCCCAAGUGAACUGGGAGCCUGGCUUUGACCAGAGACCAGAAUCGAGCCAAGAUGGACACUCCGGUGACUCCUCGGAACCUCCAGUCCAGAACAGGUUUAGCAUCAAUGAUUUGGGUGGUUUUGACAAGACUGGACCUGGAGACAAUCGUGCAAUAGACAUGGGUAACUUUGAUGGCUUACAAGAUUCCAAAAUCCACAUGGCUGCAGAUCUCAGUUAUGUGGACCCGUAUGAAGAGGAUGUGGAAGCACCUGAAGGAGCUGAGCACCACUGUUAUCCAACAAACUCUCCACAGAAUAGAAGAGCUGAGGAAAGUUCAGCAGCAAGAUCACCUUUAAAGGCAAACUGCAAUGGAAGUGGAGAAUUGAGCUGUUUAUUUAUAGAUGAGGAAGGGUAUCUGCAGGACCUAAAUGUCCGUUACGCUGAUCAAGAGUCUGGGGAUUCCGGCAGCAGGAGGAGUUUUUAUGGCCAGGACGUUCGAGUCAACCCUUCUCUCGACACCACUGAGAACAUGUACGGACCCUCAGAAACUUACAGCAACACCUUACAUUUGGGAAACAGACUGCAGCAUCAAACUGCAGACAGUGGAGGUGGGAGCCACAUCCUUAAUCAGUGCUUUCCCUCUUUACCUGAUUCUGUUGCACUGAAAACCUACAAACAAAUCCACAAAAGUACUGGAUUAGGGUCCCCAUAUUCCAGCAACCAGUGUGGAAAAGCUUUUCCUCAAGCUUGUAAUCCUAAAAUUCCUUUGAGGAUUCACUCAGGGCAGGGACUCCAUUUCUGUAGCCACUGUGGUAAAGGCUUCUCUUCCUUCACAAACCUAAAAGCACACAAAUGUGGGCAAGCAGGUGACAAACCUUAUUGCUGCCCAGUCUGUGGGAACAAGUUCAGUCGCCUCUGGAAUCUCAAGUUGCACCAAAGAAUUCACACACAGGAAAAACCUCAUCGCUGUGGUAUGUGUGAUAAGAGCUUCACGAGAGCGGAUAUACUGAAGGUCCACCAGCGCACCCACACGGGGGAAAGGCCGUACUGCUGCUCCAUCUGUGGCCUGAGCUUCAAACGUCUGGAUCAUCUGAAGUCGCAUCAACGCAAACACGUAACAAGCCUGUAAGACUGUUCUUGAUGUCCUUUGGGAUGUUAGGAGGUCCAAACAUAAACAUUGGUAUUUAUAUUAGAAGAGGUUUUCAAAGUCUGAAACAUUUUUAUUUUCUAAAUGUUAUUUAAUUUUUUUUUGUAUAUAUGAAAAAUGUAUAAACGAACACUAG